UAGCAGUGUUGAACAGGACAGCCCCGCUGGAGCCGUCAGGGGAGUUUCCGUGUUGUCAGCGCAGACCUGACCGAUACACACACUCAGUUAGCCUGUCAGCUAGCUAGCCUAGCUGCUCCACUCCCACUGGUAACUGACGGGCUAGACCAAGCUAACUGUCCAUCUUACUCCCACAUUCACAAUGGAUUUAAACCAAAUCUUGGCACAGCUUGAAACCGCCAAUGAUGAGGAAAUCAAGAGUCUUCUGCAGCAGUAUAACCGAGAGAACAGCCACACCUUCUCUUUUGAAAAGGAAGAAAGCCUGCGCGGUAAGCUGUGUCAGAGUGUGUUGACAGUACUUGGCAGGCAGGUGCAGCCUAGCUGUCAGAAGACAUGUCUGGAGACCCUCCGCAUCCUGUCUAGAGACAAGUCUGUCCUUGCACCUGUAGCCACCAGGAAGGGUAUGCUGAUCCGAGGGAUGGCCAAGCUGAGCACAGGAGUGGAGGAAGGUGGUGAAAACCCAAAAAGCCUUGGAGAGGACACACAGUCAGAGGAGGAAGAGAGGGUGGUAGUCGAGGCCUUAAAGUGUCUAUGCAAUGUGGUGUACAACAGUCCUGCUGCUCAACAGGUCAGUGUAGAUGUGCAGCUGGCGAAUGGCCUGUGUGCCAGCCUGCGCAAUGCCCGCGAAUGGCACCAUGAGGUGGGCCUGUUUACGCUGCGUCUACUCUUCCUGCUGUCUGCCCUGAUACCGGAUUUGCGAGGGAGCUUAAGAAGAGAGUGGCGAGCUGUGAGACUGUUGAGAGAGGUGCUGGAGCACACCCUGGAUGUGCGCUGGGUUGGUCCAUAUGAAGCAGCCCGUCCAGAUCCACAGGCCCUGCCCAUGCCUGCAGAGGACAAUGAGAGAGCAAUGGAAGUGCUCAAAGCUUUGUUUAAUCUCACACUUUCUGAUCCUGGUGGUGAGGAGGAUGACCACCAGUUCCGCCUCAUUGCUGCCCUCCUUCGUCAUCUGUUGAUGUUGAAGACUGAGACAGAGGAGAAACAGAGGAAGCACACAGCCAUGCUGUCCAACCUGCUGAAUAUAACAUGCCUGUUUCCCUGCCUGGAUGUGUUAAUCGAUGUGCCUGUUCAGGGGAGACAAGAGAAGUAUGGUGGGAAGAACAUGGAAGCAGUAGAAGUGUUACUAGACUUCAUGGAGAAACGGAUUGACAAGCAGGGCUCCAACUACAAAGAAGGGCUCACUCCAGUGCUCAGCCUUUUGAGAGGAUCCAGACAUCACCGGGAGAUCCGCAGAUAUAUAAAAGCUCAGGUACUUCCCCCACUGAAAGAUGUGAAGAUCAGGCCGGAGGUCGGCACCACUAUCAGAAACAAACUGGUUCGCCUUAUGACACAUGUUGACAUGGGUGUGAAGCAGACAGCAGCUGAGUUUCUCUUUGUUCUCUGCAAAGAAAGUGUGAACAACCUGUUGAAGUACACAGGGUAUGGGAACGGCAGCGACCUUCUGGUGGCUCGAGGACUCCUAGCAGGAGGCAGAGGAGAAACUCAGUACUCUCAAGAUGAAGAUUCAGACACAGAGGAAUACAAAUCUGUCAAAACAGUUUUCAUCAACCCCAUCACUGGUCAUGUGGAAGAGCCGAUGCCAAACCCAAUCAAUGAAAUGACAGAUGAGCAGAAGGAGUAUGAAGCGCAGAAACGUAAUAUGAUUGACAAGUUGGCAAGGCAGAACGUGAUCCGGCCAAUGGGGGUCCGGCCUGAUGGGACGUUAGCACCUCUUGAAGAAACUCUGUGCGAUCCAACUGAGGAUAACUCAGAAUCAGACUCUGACUAGUACACUGCACAUGUAGGCCACAUUUUCAAGGCGACACCAUCUGGGCCCCAACUCAUCAGAAGCAGAGUCCCAUUUCCAGGGCUUGAUCCUUAAAGGGUAGUGGUCUAAGGACCUGAAGGUACCACCUUACUAUAGCACAGAAACUUGUUGAAUAUUCUUAAAAGCUGAUUCGGACUCUUCUUUUUAACUUGUAUUGUCAAUACUUUGCAGGUGAUCACAGAGUAGUAAAUUAGUUUUGCUGAUCCAAGUGUAAAUAUCUGUAGUAAACUCCUAAAAAGUGAGUCGUUACUGCCGAUACUGGAUCAGGUUAAUUGUAAACAUAUUCAUUUAAUCUAUUACAGGAAACUGAGGCCUGCACACAAUAUACAUGAGGAAAGUAGAAGGUCCUGGUUCAGAUCAGAUGUUAAACUCCAUCAGUCUAGGUCCUGUUGUGACGUUUUCAGUCUUUAAAUGCAGUUACUGAGGAUCCAGCCCCUGAACUGGGACACAGCUGAAGAUUUUUAGAGGAAACCGACAGGGCCCCGCCAUGCCCGUGAGCCAUUUUUUAAAGUGGACUCGAUGCAUGGCAUAACAGGAAGACGGCAGUGGCACCGAAACGCACCAGAGGCCUCCUGGCUGCUGCAGAGUCAUGCACCUUUAUCAUUCAUUUCUACCAUUCCCCUUCUGCUGAGAACAUAGAGGUAACUGAAUUCGUACCAGAUCAUGUUUCUGAAAGCACUGGCAUCAUGGUUUGUUAAGUAGUUUUGUUUUAUCAUUCCUUCACGUGUUUGUUUUUCUGAAUUUCUUUGUUACACAAUGGUCUUGGUAGCUCUUCUUAUGCUAAGUGCACAUUACAAACAGGUUAAGGAAAAAUCAUAGAAAAUUUUUUAUUAAAUUUAUUUCUUAUUUCAAAUCACAGCGCGUGUCCGGCAUUAGUCAGGAUUCUGUAACUGUUAAAA